GAUGGACGGAAGGACACUUGUGUAGCUAUUAUCUCAUGUACUAAAGCGCCUCGGUCAAAGAAAGCGAAGUUACAGCUCUGCGAAGCGAGGGCGUGUUGGAAAGACAGAUGGCAGAGGAGGAAGAAUUCGGUGGAGAUGCUGGGUUUGAGGCUGAUUUCGAUGAGCCAGAAGCACCAGAUGAGCCAUUCAAUGAGGGCGAGGAGGACGCCCUGCCAGAAGGGGAAGAGAGGAUGGAGAUCCUCGAGCAGCAGGCACAACCCAGCGAUCGGCCGCGCAUAACCACUCGGUACAUGACAAAGUACGAGCGAGCGCGCAUACUGGGCACCAGAGCUCUUCAAAUCAGCAUGAAUGCACCUGUCAUGGUGGAGCUGAAUGGGGAGUCAGAUCCCCUGGAGAUUGCCAUGAAGGAGCUGAGAGAGAAGAAGAUCCCCUUCAUUGUCAGGCGCUACCUACCUGAUGGCAGUUACGAGGACUGGACCAUAGAGGAGUUGAUCCAGUCAGACCGGUGACACUCUCACCUUGACAACAAGGCACGGGGGCCUUACAUAUAUUCUACAGUAUCCACCAUGUGCAGCGUUGGGGUAGAUUAUCAAUGUCGAGACCAGCAACAAAACAAUCACUGUGGCAGUUGUUUGCAUUACCUGUCUAAUUAGAUAUAACAUGUUUGGUUGCUCACUGAGAACCUGUCUUGAAGUUUGCUUGGAAUCAGGGGGCGUAUGGGGGCAUUGUGCUCUAAUUCUAGAGAGACCAGCAAGAUCUUAAAUUAUUGUUCGCCGUUCAAUUAC